GAGAAAGCAAGAGAAGAAGAAGAAGAAGAAGGAAUCGAAAAUGAAGACUCCGAUCCACGCGGUUUCGACAUGGGUGAGAAGGCAGCCGCCAAAGGUGAAAGCUUUCCUUGCCGUCGUAUCUGGCAUGGCGGCUCUUGUUCUCCUCAGAUUCAUCGUUCACGAUCACGACAAUCUCUUCGUUGCCGCCGAAGCUGUUCAUUCUAUUGGAAUCUCUGUUCUUAUCUAUAAACUCAUGAAGGAGAAGACUUGUGCUGGAUUGUCAUUGAAAUCUCAGGAGCUUACUGCAAUAUUUCUAGCUGUGAGGCUUUAUUGUAGUUUUGUAAUGGAAUAUGAUAUACAUACCAUUCUGGACUUGGCUACUUUGGGAACAACUCUCUGGGUUAUAUACAUGAUCCGUUUUAAGCUCAAAGCUACUUACAUGGAGGAAAAAGACAACUUUGCUCUCUAUUAUGUGCUCGUGCCCUGUGUCGUGCUAGCUGUAUUGAUUCAUCCAUCAACGUCACACAAUAUAUUGAAUAGAAUAUCCUGGGGUUUCUGUGUUUACCUCGAAGCUGUUUCAGUACUGCCACAGCUGAGAGUGAUGCAGAACACAAAGAUUGUCGAACCCUUCACGGCUCAUUAUGUUUUUGCACUUGGAGUAGCAAGAUUUUUUAGCUGUGCACACUGGGUUUUACAGAUUAUGGACACCGGCGGACGCCUGCUUGUAGUGCUGGGUUAUGGACUAUGGCCAUCAAUGGUUAUAAUCUCAGAAAUCGUCCAAACAUUCAUCUUGGCAGAUUUCUGUUACUACUAUGUUAAAAGUGUUUUCGGUGGCCAGCUUGUUCUACGGCUUCCAUCUGGGGGUGACGACGCUAUUACACCGGGAGAAAUGGAACCGCCGGCCACCGCAUCUAACCGCUCAUCCAGACGGCUUCUCUUUGACCGCAGAUACGGCUGGGUGGUCGACGAAUGGAAGGACCCAUCGGAGGAAGCUCUCGCCGGCGGCAGAGGAAUGUUUUGUGUAGUUCCAUUGACGAAGACUCUGUUUCAGACAGCUUCACUAUCAAUUAACUCAGCCGUCAAAUUUCUGGAUAUGAAGCUUCAGAAAUUGGCAAAUCCUAUCCACAAUCCAAGUGGAGAUUUAGGGUCAGGAUCAAAUGUGUUGGAUUGACAAGUACAUGUGUUAGUGUUGGAUCUCGUCUAUGAGUUUUUGGUUGUGUUCAGACAUUGUUUGAUUAUAUGAAUUUCCCCUUUUGAAUUCUGUAGUUUUGUGUGUAAUGAUUUAGGGGCAGAUAUGAUCUAACGUCUUAUCCGUUUGCUGUUGAGAGAUUUUUUAUAUGAAUAAAAAUGAUGUGAGGCA